AUGAGGGCUGGGGUCAGUCUGGGUCCUCUAGGAGACUGGGACUCUGGGGGAAUGGAGAGUCGGGACUCGGGACUGAGCAUCACAGCCAGUCAGCCAGGCCCUCACUGGCUCUGGGGAGUGGGGAACUCUACUACUAGUAGGGACUCUCACUCACACACAGGAGAGGGGGGGUCUGGGGGAGUGGGGAAUGGGGAGUGGGGAGUGGGGAAUCUGGGGACUCAGAGGAGCACUGGGUACCCUACAGAGUAG